AUUCUCUUUCUUCCUUCUACCCACCCAUGCUUCUGCAAAAUCAUUUUUCCUACAAUACCAUCUCAGCCCUUUUUUCCUUUUCCUCUUCACCAUUGACUUCUGCAUAGUCUUUCAAAAUGCUGAGGAAAAAUAACAUGCACCAAAAAUAACAUGCACCAGGUCUUCGUGGAAGCACAUCUCAUCUCAUUUUCCACAAGCCAAGCGAGUUAUUGGUAAGAUAUUGGUGAAGUGGUGUAUAUAUUGAGGAGUUGAUGGAACCCAAUGCAUUAGGGGGUGGAAUAUUUCCUAACAUAAGUAGCGGUUUGUUAGGAGUAGAAAACCUUCAAAACCAGCAAAACCCUCCACACUCUUUGCACCACCCCCAAAUGGUUUCCUAUACUUCUCACCAUGACACUGACACACAUCAGCAACACCCACCACAAUCAAUCAAACAUGGCUACAACUAUUCCAUGGGAAAAACCAACAAGUUGCAAAUCACACUCAGUGAUGAAGAUGAGCCUGUGUUCACAGCAGAAGACUCCGGUGAUCCCAAGAGAAAAAUGUCUCCAUGGCAUAGAAUGAAGUGGACUGACACCAUGGUAAGGCUCUUAAUAAUGGCUGUUUAUUACGUUGGAGACGAGACUGGUUCAGAAGGCGUUGAUCCCACUAAGAAGAAAGCCACGGGGUUGUUGCAGAAGAAAGGAAAAUGGAAAUCGGUGUCAAGGGGCAUGAUGGAAAAGGGGUACUAUGUAUCUCCCCAACAAUGCGAAGACAAAUUCAAUGACUUGAACAAGAGGUACAAGAGGGUCAACGACAUUCUGGGCAAGGGCACAGCUUGUCGGGUGGUGGAGAACCAAACAUUGUUGGACACCAUGGAUCUGUCCCCAAAAAUGAAGGAGGAAGUUCGAAAACUGCUCAACUCCAAGCACUUGUUCUUCAGGGAAAUGUGUACCUAUCACAAUAGUUGUGGCCACAACAACAACUGUGGCACUUCGAACGUGCAACAAUCAAGUGAGGCUCAACCACAACAUCAACAUCAACAUCAACAGCAGCGGUGUUUGCAUUCAUCGGAGAACGGGGUGGGGGGUCUGAGAAUGUUGAAAGAGGAUGAGGAGGAGGAUAAUGAGGAAGAGGAUUCGGAGGAUUUUUCUGAUGAGGAGGAAGAGGAAUCGGGAGAAGGAGCAUCAAGGGGUAUGGAGGAUGAUGAGAAUGAUGUGAUGAGGAAGAGAGCGAGGAAAGGAGGGUUUGGUGGGUUGUCAUCAUCAUCAUCGAUAUCAUCUCAGGCGAUGAUGCAGCAAUUGAAUGGCGAAGUGAGCGGUGUGUUGCAAGAUGUGGGGAAGAGUGCAUGGGAGAAAAAACAUUGGAUGAAGAAGAGGGUGGUGCAGUUGGAGGAGCAGCAGGUGAGUUAUCAAAUGCAGGCGUUUGAAUUGGAAAAGCAACGGAUGAAGUGGGCCAGGUUUAGCAGCAAGAAGGAGAGGGAAAUGGAGAGAGAUAAGCUUCAGAAUCAACGGAGGAGGCUGGAAAUAGAGAGAAUGGUCUUGCUAAUUCGCCAGAAGGAGCUUGAAUUGGUUAAUGUUCAUCAACAGCAGCAGCAUCAACAGCAGCAUUCUUCUACCUAGAAUUGAAGAAAUUACUGUGUAAAUUUUAUGUAUGGUAGUUGAAAUUAGUAUAAGAGCAUAUGUAGACUUGGAGAUUCUUCAUUUUCUGUGGUAAUCAUUCCAAGUAAUUUCGAAACAUGUAGUAUGCUUGCUUGUUUGUAGACAAUUUUUUCGUUCUUGCUUUUCUGUUUUGAAUAAAGUUUCCACUCAUAUAUGAGUUUUGAGGGAGAAAA